AUGGAUCAUAGAGGCAUCCGGUUGAAUGUCGCUGCUUCCCCCGGUUAUAGCGUGCUAGGCUCCGGAACAAAGAAGCAGUACAGACCAGACUCUGCUGGAUCCACCCGGCCGUCUGUCAAGAAUCUGCGGUUGAAGUUUGAAUCUAUGAAGUUCAGCGAUGGACAUAAAUCUGCUGAUCAGAGGAUCCAUCAGCAGAGACCAGAUUCUCCUGAACCCAGCUGUGUGUCCAUGAAGAGUGACUGGUCUAGAGGUGGACUUAUUGACUUCAAACAUGGACAUCAGUCUGCUGAUCAGAGGAUCCAUCAGCAGAGACCAGAUUCUCCUGAACCCAGCUGUGUGUCCAUGAAGAGUGACUGGUCUAUGGAUGGACUUAUUGACUUCAAACAUGGACAUCAGUCUGCUGAUCAGAGAGUUCAUCAGCAGAACCCAGAGGUUCUCAGUGGUCCGUCUGUCCAGCUGCAUCAAACACACCUGGACUCCAUAUUUAUGCUGCUGGAGAAGAACAUCAGCAGGUUUGUGACGAAAGAGCUGAAGAAGAUGCAGAAGGGUCUGAGUCCAGAUUACCCAGAAUGCUUAGAGUGUCAGAGUGAGGAUGAUGAGGAGUUGGAUGGUGAGGAGGAAGAACAGAGGAGGAGCAGCAGAGAGGCAUUUCUGAAGAUCACACUGCACUUCCUGAGGAGAAUGAAGCAGGAGGAGCUGGCUGACCGUCUGCAGAGCAAAACUCGUGCUGCACAGUGUCGAUAUAAACUCAAGUCUAACCUGCAGAAGAAGUUCCAGUGUGUGUUUGAGGGGAUCGCUAAAGCAGGAAACCCAACCCUUCUAAAUCAGAUCUACACACCGCUCUACAUCACAGAGGGGGGGACUGCAGAGGUCAAUGAUGAACACGAGGUCAGACAGAUUGAAACAGCAUCCAGGAAACCAGAUAGACCAGAAACAACAAUCAGGCAUGAAGACUUCUUUAAAGCCUCACCUCAAAGAGAUGAACCAAUCAGAACAGUGAUGACAAAGGGAGUGGCUGGCAUUGGGAAAACAGUCUUAACACAGAAGUUCACUCUGGACUGGGCUGAAGACAAAGCCAACCAGGACAUACACUUCACAUUUCCAUUCACUUUCAGAGAGCUGAAUGUGGUGAAAGAGAAAAAGUACAGCUUGGUGGAACUUGUUCAUCACUUCUUUCCUGAAACCAAAGAAGCAGGAAUCUGCAGGUUUGAAGAGUUCCAGGUUGUGUUCAUCUUUGACGGUCUGGAUGAGUGUCGACUUCCUCUGGACUUCCUUAACAAUGUGAUCCUGACUGAUGUUACAGAGUCCACCUCAGUGGAUGUGCUGCUGACAAACCUCAUCAGGGGGAAACUGCUUCCCUCUGCUCGCCUCUGGAUAACCACACGACCUGCAGCAUCCAAUCAGAUCCCUCCUGAGUGUAUCGGCAUGGUGACAGAGGUCAGAGGUUUCACUGACCCACAGAAGGAUGAGUACUUCAGGAAGAGAUUCAGAGCUAAGGAGCAGGCCAGCACUAUCAUCUCCCACAUCAAGACCUCACGAAGCCUCCACAUCAUGUGCCACAUCCCAGUCUUCUGCUGGAUCACUGCUACAGUUCUGGAAGAUGUGUUGAAAAGCAGAGAGGGAGGAGAGCUGCCCAAGACCCUGACUGAGAUGUACAUUCACUCCCUGGUGGUUCAGUGCAAACUGAAGAACGUCAAGUAUGAUGGAGGAGCUGAGACAGAUCCAAACUGGAAUAAGAAGAACAGGAAGAUGAUUGAGUCUCUGGGAAAACUGGCUUUUGAGCAGUUGCAGAAAGGCAACCUGAUCUUCUAUGAAUCAGACCUGACAGAGUGUGGCAUCGAUAUCAGAGCAGCCUCAGUGUACUCAGGAGUGUUCACACAGGUCUUUAAAGAGGAGAGAGGUCUGUACCAGGACAAUGUGUUCUGCUUCGUCCAUCUGAGUGUUCAGGAGUUUCUGGCUGCUCUUCAUGUCCAUCUGACAUUCAUCAAGUCUGGAGUCAAUCUGCUGGCAGGAGAACAAACAACAUCGUGGUCUGAUGUGUUCAGAGGCAAAUCAAAACGUUUCUACCAGAAGAGAAGCUGUGCAGCCCUGUCUUCUGCUCUCAGCUCCCAGUCCUCUAGUCUGAGAGAGCUGGACCUGAGUGACAACAACCUGGAGAAUUCAGGGGUGAAGCAGUUGUCUGCUGGACUGAAGAGAUUCUGGUACUUAUAUGAUUAA